AUGGCUGCCUGGACCUACACCCCGGAAGUAAGGAUCCUUAUGCACCUGUACAACAAGCUUGUGCAGAAAGGUUAUAUCAAGACUCCCAUCGACACUUUUGAGUUCUUACUGAAAGAGUUCUCGAGCGACUUUUUCGCGGAUGGCCAGCGACCAACAUCCAACUUCGAGCCUUGUCUCACGGCCAGCAUGCGCAAGCUCGACCGGGACAGAGCAGGCAGCGCAGGCCAGUUCUCUUCCCUACGCGCAUUCUGCUUCAAUGGUGACUGGUUCUCGCAAGCGGACUUGCACAUCAACCUUUCACGCAAAUCGAUGCUUGCUUUCAGAAAAAAGCUUCUUACACAUCACCUCCGCGCGGCUGAUUGGAAUGUGGAGCGUGUCCUGGACGAUGAUCUACCAAUUCGAUCAACAUUAGCGUGGAUGCGCUUCUGUCAUAACUUGUACCUUGCACCCAACGACCUGUCCUCAAGGAAUAGACAGAUACUUGACCUCGUCUGCGCUGCCGGGAAAACCAAAGCUGAAGUCUCGGAGAUGGCUGCCUUUUUAUCGGGCAACAAGUCCAAGCAGGCACCGAGUCUUCCGGAGAGUGGCGAGUACGCCGAUGAACGGGCCCAGCGUCAUGCUAUAGCCAACAGCCUGACGGGCGAAGAAACUCUUCGCAUGGUUGGCAUUGAUGUCAAGCGCGAAAUAGACGGGGUUAAUUGCUUGUUGAAUGUCAACUAUCUUGAAAUUGCUAUGCAGCUCAGGCGACGAUACUGUGAGAUGAUCGAGGCACUCGGGGAUCUAAAGAAUCCUCUGUACGAAGCUGCAUUUGGUAGCUCGGCCACAAAACCGAGGGCUAUCGCGCGACCCUGGCCAGGCUGGCGCUGA